AUGAGCGAUGCUUCCUCGAACGAAAAACAAAUCAAAAAAUCACAAUCUUCAUCUAAUUUUUUCAAAACCACAGCGAAAAAGAAGAAAAUGCAAAUAUCUCAAGUAGAAGUUGGAGUUCCUGAUCCAAUUGAAGAACAACAGAAAAUACUUGGAAGGCCGACUCCAUGCACUGUUCUAGCUGUCAGUACAACUCUUUUCAUUCUCAUUCUUUUGAUUGUGGCUCUCGGAGAACUUGGAUUACAUGAUAAAUCAGCCUUUGAAUGGAAAAAACCACCAAAAAAAGCACGGAGAGAACGUCUCGAAUUACCAUGUCAAACAGUUGAAUGUGUCAAGUACUCUGCUUCAUUGCUUGAAUCAAUGAAUUCAUCAAUUCAUCCGUGCGACAACUUUCAUGAACAUGUUUGUUCUGGAUACACUCCGAAAAUAAGAAAUUUCGAGAAACUUCUCAAAUUAAUCAUCUCUCAUCCGAACUCUGAUCACCAAAAGGCGGAGAAAAUUGUUCGUAAAAUGUUGGGAAAAUGUAUAUCUGGCGACACAAAUAUAAAUGAAAACCGUUUGAAAACAAUUAUUCCAUCAGAUCUUCCUUUUCCAAUUCUUUCUGGCAAACCAACUUCAAGCAUCGAACCUGUUCCCAAUUCCACAUUUAAACAUCAAGAUCUCACUAAAAUUCUAAUACACAUCAGUCGACAUACACCUGAUGAUUGUGGAAUAUUCGGAAUAACACCUUCAAUCGAUUCCGAGUUUACACUGUUUGUUAUUAAACCGAAUACUCCUUCGUUAACUUUUUAUCAAUUUCGAAAUGUCCUUGAUAUAUUAAAAAGAAGUCUUCCGAAGAGUGAGACGAAUUCAACGGAAUAUGAAGAAAAUGUAUAUCAAGAGAUGUUGAAUGAUGUUGUCGAAUUGCAAAAGAAGUUGAAAGAGAUCGAGUUCGAAGCCAAUCCAGAAGUCAUUCGUCUUUCUGAAAUUCAAGAAAAUAUGACUGUUGUCGAUUGGGAAGAAUUGAUAGACACUUGGUAUCCGAAUGGGAAUAAAACUUUCGACAAAAAACUAUUUGGUUUCCAUACGACUUAUUAUCAAAAGGUGAAUGAUCUUCUCGAGAAAACACCUUCCGAAACCCUCUAUAAUUUGUUAUUUCUUCGUUUUUCAUUCAAAAUACUAAGAGCUGAAUUAUCGUCUGAACUCGAAGAAACAUGCCUUCUUCAAGUUGCUAAAACUAUUCCUGGAAAGAUUAUUUUACACGGAUCAGCAGAGCCAAAAACCAAAGAAUUAUUCGAUCAAAUGCUUCAAACCAUCCAUAAUCAUCUCAGAAAUUCAUUGACACAACUGAAAUGGAUGGAUUCGAGAGGAAUUGAAGAGGCACAGAAAAAGUUGAAUAAAACAAAGACAUUAUUUGGAUUUGAUGGGGAAGAAUUGAUUGAUGAACUGGUUAUUUCUGAAAACUCAAAUUAUAUUUCAACUCUUUGUCAAGUACUGAAAUGGCAAGCUGACAAAAUGUUCAAAUCGAUUGCUGAGAAUUCAAUUUCAGUAUUUUUGAAUUCUGAAGUAUUCUAUUCAGUUGAGAAGAAUGAACUGACAAUAUCUCGUUCGUUACUUCAUUAUCCAUUCAUCUCGUUUCAUCUUCCAAAUUAUACAAACUUUGCAACAACAGCCUCUAGAAUAAUUCCUCAAUUGAUUCAUGCUUUUGAUGAACGAGGAAGAUAUUACGAUUCAAAUGGAAGAUACAGAGAUUGGUGGAAUUCAGAUACAGAACAAUACUUCCGGAUAAUUGUACGAUGUUUCGAAGCAAUGACUCAAAAUGUGUUUGGAGUAAGUGUUAGUAUUGGAUGGAAUGCAUACGAUUCAACGAAAGAACCCUAUGCAGUUCUCCCUGGAAUGAACAAAACGGAUAAAAUUUUAUUCUUUUAUAGCCUCGUCAAAACAAUGUGCAAUUCAGACUCGAUGAAAGUGAACAACGGAUUAGCAAGUGUUCCAGAGUUCAUUGACGCUUUCAAAUGUCGAAAUGGAUCGUUGAUGAAUUCACAACCGACUAAGUGUAAAAUGGCUUCUUGA